CAUUUAAAUCUGUACCUCCUCAAACAAGCUGCGAUUUACCACUAAAUUGUCAGUGAACUUAGUGUAGAUUUUUUUAUUGUUUGCUUAUUUCCUCAUUAUUAUUAUUAUUAUGAAAGGUUUGUAAUAACAUGCGCCUUUACGUUUCCUUCACUGAGCUGAGUCUCAGGCCACUAACAUCUGACCCGCUUGGCCCGGUUUGGGGAAUCGGCCACCCACACGUGUCCAGUGUGUCAUUUUGACCCACAUGUGUCAUAAAUUUAGCUGCAGGAAAUCACCUUGGUUUGGGUUUUGUUUGACUGGGAUGUUGGGACGCCGUUGACCUAUUUGCGAGCAGUGCAAGACAGGAGGAAGGUUUUAAAAUCUACUCACGCCGACACUCGCGUGCGAAUGAUAAUGUAUGAAAAAAAAGCCCUUAAUACCUUGAAGAUUGAAUGUAAAUGGUGAGUGUAGGCCUAGAUUAGGAAGAAUUCACUGCUCUGAAUCCACGCUCCCACAUCACUGACACCUCCACUCCUCCGUCCCUGACCUCUGCAGUCGUAGCUGUCCUAGUUUCCCCCGUGCGCUCCAGACGCACACCGUUUCCACUGGAAUCUGACACCAGAUUGGGAGUAUGGGAUUAUCCAUGAUGCCAUUUGAUCCCCCCCAUCUGGGAAUAAUGGAGUGUGGGGAUGUUCGAGUUUUACGAGGAGAUGAUUCUUACUCAAACUGCUCUGGCACCGCUUUGAAUUCAGAGGCGCUUUAAAUAAUUUUUGGGUGUCUCCCACGUGUGCAACGCAGAAAUAAAUCCCACUCAGACUCAUGCGGGACCGGUAUGAACUGGUAAGAAGGUGGAGAAACCUCAGCGAUCUCCCUCUGCACUGCACAGACGCAAAUCAAUGAGCCGCUGACGAGGUAGAAUUGAAAGGGAUGCGUCGAUGGGGCUUCGGUGCUAAACCAGAGACCAAGUGAUGAAUGUGCAUCUGUUAAAGUGGCUGAAUUCAGGCUGAAAUGACCUUAUAACCUCAGACAGGCCUCCAACGGACCUCAACUAGAGCACACUGAUGCUAAAAUGGUUCAAAACGGCACACUCUUGCUAAACAGCGUAUUUGACAGGAAGUGAGUGUCCCGUCAGGUGCCAGUGAUUAUCACUACAUGAGCAAUAACUAGUUGUGUGGCUGCCAAGGCAGCAGCUGCAGCGGCGACUCCCUUCCUGCACAAAGGAGAUGGACAGGAGCCCAGAGGACGUCGCUGGUCGUCUGACAUAACAUCAGUCUGACCUUUGACCUGGUUACAGUCAAUGAGAAUAAACACUCACCCUGCAUUCAUUUCAUGCUGGGGUUCUUUUUGUCAUUCAGUUUGACUGGCAUCUCGUGCAGACUCCAGGAUUCGUGCAUGCAUUCGGUUGACGGACCCGUGGAGCUGCAGGGGCUCUUUUGUCCUCUCUCGCUCAAUUUAAAAAAAAUAAAAAUGAAAAAAAAAAUUCAGCAGGCACUGGUUUCCUGCUUUUGUUCCAUUUGACCGUGAACCGCCGCUCGGAUUCGCGCUUUAAGGUUUGGUGCAUUGUUAAACUUCACCCACGCCCAACAAAGAGCGCAGACCAAGAAAAAUGUCCCCAGAUAAUAAAGUUAUGUGUCUUAUCCGCUCGGUAAACUGAAAGUUCACAGUGCGAACGUGCAGCUGGCAUUUUCCAACCAGUCUCCUUAUUCUGGAAACAGCAAGUUCACGAGUCAUAGAUUUAAAAGGAGCAGUGGUUGAAGAGUGAAUAAGGUUGCGUUGGAAGAAACGGCCUGUAACUGAUCCCAGGUCAGCGGGCGUCACAGCAUCGGAGCAGGACGUCAGCUCGCCUGGUGUCUGCUGUGCCACUGACCCACUGUGGGGAUGAGGACAGUGUGCAGAUUGCAGAGCAGCUUAAUGUGUGGUUUAAUACCGCUCCGCCCGGCUAUUUCAUUAGACGGGGCUUGUCCUGCCGCCGCCGCGCCGUAAUGAACUGCCUGUCCCCGCGGAGGCUCGCCGGGCGCGCGGCGUCCGUCCAUCUGUCCGCCCGGCCUCAACGAACAAUGAGCGCGGGGGCCGCGGGCCGGCUGUGCGCUCGCAAUCUAAUAGAGGAGCCCACAAUGCACAGGAGCGGCCCGCGGCGCUUGGUAAUCCAGAGUUCAUAAUCCAGAUUACGGCGUUUGCAGCUGGCGUGGCAUCAGCAGGCGUCCCUCGUGGGGGGAGGCCCCUCCCCCACCGGCCGAACGGCAGCUGGAGGGUGUUGGAGCGGGACCUGCCCCGCGAUGACCAGUUAUUGCUCUCAGCGCCAUAAUUCAGAUGGAGCCUCUGAUCCAACUUUGUGUAAUUACCGAUUUAUACUUGUGGCAUUUGUUCUGGAAUUCCUAUUUAACAAAGAAAAAACAAAAUCGACGGGUUCGAUGCCCAGGACAGGAACUUCCCGUAGCGGCUGCAGGGUAUGUAGGUUAAACGUGGCGUUCAAUCAAACACUGUCUGUAUAAUCCAGUGAAUCUUUUUCUCCGCGUCCACCGCUGUAACCUGAUUACACCAUAAUCUCACGCAGUGGCGGAACAAUCGUACUCGCGUUCCGUAUAAUUCGGCCGGCGCACGCAUCCCGAUGGGGGAAAGGGGGGCGUGAGGGUCCGAGGCGGCGUUUCAGACAAUGAUGAUGAAAGCGAGGGUUCCAGUGGUUCCAGUGCAGCCUAUGCGUCCUCCCACCUCCACAAGGUGCAGAAACAUCCUGCCUGGGAUUUAAUCCCUUGUUGUGGGCACUGGUGAACAAACACUAAUACACGCUGAUCUCUCACUGUAAACAAUUACUUUGGGGAUCUGCUGGUCCCAUCGCAAUAAAUGGGAUGAAGAUUAUCCCGUAAAGUCUUUGUUGUAGCCCAGGUUCAUGUUAACCUCCACCUCUCAGGGACGGAUACCUGUUGGCUUCAGAAACGAUCAAAUCCUCGAUUUGUGCUUUGAAUCUUCUAUUUGUGCGCGUGUGUGCGUGUGUGUGUGCGUGCGUGCGUGCGUGCGCAGAUGCCCGUGGCUGGCGGUGACCGUCGGCCCCGCCGUGCCGCCGUGCAGCGCCGUCCUCUUCCUCUUCGUGCUGGCCAACUUCACCAUGGCGACCUUCAUGGACGCCGGCGUGCUCCCCGUGGCCGCCGACGACGAGGACAAGGACGACGAGUUCCGCGCGCCGCUGUACCGGACCGUGGACGUGGGCGGCGUCCAGGUGCGCAUGAAGUGGUGCUCGUCCUGCCACUUCUACAGGCCGCCGCGCUGCUCCCACUGCAGCGUGUGCGACCACUGCGUGGAGGACUUUGACCACCACUGUCCGUGGGUCAACAACUGCAUCGGGAGGCGCAACUACCGCUACUUCUUCCUGUUCCUGCUCUCGCUGACGUUCCACAUGAUCGGCGUCUUCAGCUUCGGCCUCGUGUACGUCCUGCACCACAUGGAUGAAUUAUGGCGGCUGCACUGCACCGUCACUUUGGUGGUGAUCAGCGUGUCGGGGCUGUUCCUCAUCCCGGUCCUGGGUCUCACCGGGUUCCACCUGUACUUGGUGUCCAGAGGGCGCACGACCAAUGAGCAGGUAACGGGGAAGUUCCAGGGCGGCGUGAACCCGUUCACACGAGGCUGCUGCAACAACCUGGAGUAUCUGGUCUGCAGCCCCAUCUCUCCGAGGUACACGGCGAGACCGCGCGGGAGGGCGGUGGUCCACAUCCAGCCGCCGUUCCUGAGGCCGGCGCUGGACGGACAGACGCCGGCGAAGGUCAGGGGCAACGGCCUGCAGAGACAGGACUUUCAAAAUAAAAAAAACUCAGUGGAGCUGUCGGACAUGAAGCAAACAAAAACCCCACCGCCCCUCCCACCGAAGCCAGAACACAGUCUCCUGAGAAGCCUGGCUGCUGUAGAUGAGAGGAAGACCAUAAUUCCGGUGUCUAUUCCCACCGUGCCACAGCUGCGGCCGGUCCUGGAGGCCAUAUCCCGAGGCUCGUCACCCAUUCCCCCGGAGCAGUUGCUGAAGACGACGGAGCAGCCGGGGAGCAGCAAAGGUCCAGACUCCAGAGAAAGUCCGGUCCGAGUCAACCAGCAGCCCGUCCCGGCUCCGCCUCCGAGCGGCGCCGCGUCCGGCUCGCUGCAGCUCAACUCCCUCGCGCUCGCCUCGCGCUCCCUCACGCUCAAACACGGCGGCCGCAAGUCCCACUUGGCGGCCGCGUACGCUGACGCUCUGGGGUCCAACCCCCCGACGGCGGCGCCGCCCUCCAGCCUGCUGGCCAAUCACAGCGGCAGCAGCCUCUCCUACGACAGCCUCAUGCAUCCCCAUGCGGACCCUCCGUUCAUGUCGCACCGGGGGGUGCCGCCGGUGGGCUACCACUCCCACUACGUGUCCCUGGGCACGGAUGGGACCGUGGGGCAGCGCCCCCCCCCUCACAGCUACAGUCCGGUCUUUAUGGGCGUCGCCAGGCGGUCUCCUCAGCCCCGAGAGACCUCACCCUCCCUGCAGAGCCUCACCGCCAGAGGCCCCUCGCCUUCCUUCCAGGGUUUCAUUCAAAGAGACCAGUCUCCCACCUUUCAAGGGCUGCUGUCGAGGGACCUCGCGUCUCAAAGCGGCGCCGUGCGAGAUCUCGGACCCCAGGGCGCGACCCCUCAGAAGUCCGCCGCCGGACGCUAUGACAGCCUUUCGAAGACCAUCAUGGCGUCGAUCCACGAGCGGCGGGAGUUGGAGGAGCGGGACCGGAUGCUGCGGCUCCAAGCCAGAUCCCAGGCCCUCUACGGGCCCGAUUUCGGGAUUUACGACAUCCCCAGCCGGCGGAGCCUGCCGCCGGACAGCGCCCGGCCCCCGGGGUCCCGCGGGCCGACUCCGCCGGCGUACGGCUCCAGGGAGUUCCUCAUGAGCACGGGCGUCCUGGGCUACGGCCUGAGGACCUCGCCUCUGUCCAGCUCCUCCACGUCGUCGCUGACCCGCGGGCCCAAAGCCGCCGCCGCCCCCCUGCUGAGCGGCAGCCUGCAGGGCAAGGCCCGGUCCUCCUCCCCGGCCUACGGCCCCGCUGACAGACAGGCGCAGGCCCUCCCCCUCCCCCCCUCCACCGCCACCGCCACCCUGCCUCGCAUGCCUUCCUCCUCCUCCCCCUCCGCUCCCUCCUACGCCUCCUACGCCACGGCCAAGCGAGGCUCGCUCCCACACUCCUCUGAAGGGAAGGACCCGGUGGCGCUAGGAGGCCUGAAAUAAAAAUAAAUGGAAGAAAUAGGAGAACUCAACAGAAUCAACAUGUUGCUGAGGGUGUGAAUGAAUCAUCUAUGCAGCGUUAGUCUCAGUCGCCACAACUCCACAGUACUUUGUAAAUAAAGGGCCGUUUGGGGCUUCCCUGAGUGGAGAAUCUGAAACGCGUUAAUCCUCAGGACACCGACCAAGAACUACGUCAAAUUCAGAUUAUUACCUGUUUCUAUGUGUUUUGAUAUCAUCAUCCAACUUGUCUCCCGCUGCAAAAACCCCCCAGUUUGAAAAACUUUUGUAGUUGUUUAUAUGAAUAAACUUAUUUUGCCAUUUUAA